AUGUCAUUGACCAUUGGCUUCAAUCCUUCACAUAGCACGCUGAAUAGCACUUUAUUUGCGAUGUCCAUAUUAAACGAAGAGAAGGAUGAUAUACUUCGUUUGUAUCAAAAGGUUCAACUUAUUAUCGCUACACCAGGACGAAUUCUCGAUUUAAUGGAUAAAAGAGUUGCUGAUAUGUCGCAUUGCAAAAUUCUUGUUCUGGAUGAAGCCGACAAACUAUUAUCGCUCGAUUUUCAAGGCAUUAUUUUAAAUUAUUUUUAUUACCGAAGGAUUAUUUUAAAAUUACCGAAGGAUCCUCAAAUUCUUUUGUUUUCGGCAACUUUUCCACUAACUGUUAAGAAUUUUAUGGAGAAACAUUUACGCGAACCUUACGAAAUAAAUUUGAUGGAGGAACUUACAUUAAAGGGUGUUACUCAAUAUUACGCAUUCGUUCAAGAACGCCAAAAAGUACAUUGUCUAAACACGUUGUUCUCCAAACUCCAAAUAAAUCAGUCAAUAAUAUUUUGCAACUCUACACAACGUGUGGAGCUUUUAGCAAAGAAAAUUAUGGAACUCGGCUAUUGCUGUUAUUACAUUCACGCAAAAAUGGCACAGGCGCACAGAAAUCGAGUUUUUCAUGAUUUCCGACAAGGAUUGUGUCGCAACCUUGUAUGUUCGGAUUUAUUCACACGUGGUAUAGAUGUACAAGCAGUUAAUGUUGUUAUUAAUUUUGAUUUCCCUCGAAUGGCUGAAACAUAUUUGCACCGAAUUGGUCGAUCUGGACGCUUUGGACAUUUAGGUAUUGCUAUCAAUUUAAUAACGUAUGAGGAUAGGUUUGACCUACACCGAAUAGAAAAAGAACUUGGAACUGAAAUCAAACCCAUACCUAAAGUCAUUGACCCUGCUCUAUACGUGGCCAAUGUUGCCGUUAAUUCCGGAGAAUCUAGUAAUAAUGAUCUUAAUAAUUCAUGUAUUGAAGAAGGAAUUGUUAGCAAGUAAUAUGCUAUUAUGGAAACAAAUUAUAUAUAAAUUCUAAAAAGAAAUACAUUACUGAA